UUCUUUAUAAAUUAUCUUCUAGACACUAUAGUUGAUGUUGUUGUUUUAAAAUGUAUUUUUAUUUUCUAUCUCCCAACGAAAAAUAAAAAUCUUCAUAAAAGCAACCGGAAAACAAUUAAAAAGUAAACAGAACGUAAAGCGAAUCGGAGCACAAUGAACAACAUGUCAGUUUUUGUACAACAUUCAUCCAAUUUUCAAUACCUAUCUGUUUGUCACUAUAUUACAACUUUGGGAAUUAUUUUUUACAACAAAGGUCUAAUUACAUUAAAUCAACGAAAUCAGUCUAUUCCUGUACUAAAUACUUAUUUUAAAUAUCUUAAUAAUUCUAAUAAUGAAACCGAAACAAAGUUUCAGCUUUUACAAAUAAUAUUAAAAGGAACCGAUCUCUACGGUGGUGGCGAAAAUGAAACACUCGAUACAAAAUACGUUGAUGAAACAUAUCAGUACAUCAUCAACAGUGCUCUAUUUUCACACUAUGGUAAUAUUAACGGAUAUUUAGCAAAAAUAAUCAACAAGGCAGAUAAUACAUCCUAUUCCACGCUGAUGAAAACUAUAAAGCAGGAAUUCUUUAACAAUUACACAAUUAAAGAUUACUGUUCAAAAACAAACAAAAGCCCGAAACUUAAUUUUUUGUCAGCUAAAACAAUUUUUUUUGAAUAUAUUCUGCCAAUAUUUCCCGAGCCAGAAAAUAAAGAUAUGAACAUAAUGGAAGUGGAUUAUUUAUACGCAAUGGCUGGUUUGAAAAUUGUCAAAUCCAUACUUGGAGAAACUCUAAACGCUUCGUUUGGUGAUUUAAUUUCAAUUACACGAGAGUUUGAUUUGCAAGAGGCUUACGGUAACGAAACUUAUGAAAUAAUGUUAAAUGUUUUCUCAACACCGGCACUAUUUUUUUACGCCUUUAAGGAAAAAGAAACAUUCAGAGAAAAAUAUCAAAUUUCGUCAAAUAUAGAAUUUUGGAUUGAAGCUUAUAAGAGUUUAUUUUCAUAUAUUAAUACAAGAAUGAAUAAUUUUGUACAUCAAUUUUUUGACAAUAUUCCUCUAUACAAACUUGAGAAGGAAAUGAAAGAAUUAAAAAAUCGAAGAUUAUUGGCAACAACUAUACUAGAGAAAUAUUGUACCUAUUCUCAUUUUAAAAAUCAUUCAUCUGAAUUUGUGACAAACUAUAUGUCAUAUUCUCAUAUUUUUGUAAAACUAUUUCUUCCUUCUGGUUGUUUUUUAGAAAAUCUACCCGAAUUGCAAGUUGUCUAUGAAAAUCAAUUUAAAAAUGUACAAAAGACAUAUAAUGAAAUUGAAAAGAUUAGAAUUAAAAAAUUUAUAAUAGAAAACAAUUUUGAAGAAAAAUUGAAUUCAAAUGUUACUGUGAUGUCAGCAAGAGUACUUUACGAUCCUUUUAGAACAUACAACGGUCCAUUAAUAAAAAAACAGAUAAACAAAGACAUUUACCUAUUAUUUUCAAUACAGAAGGAAAACAAUAUGACAGAAUUUUUUGCAAUUAAAGAGGAAAAUAAUAAUUUAAUUUUACUUACAAACAGUGGUAACGAGCAAAAUUUUUCUAAAGCAGUUACUAAUUUACUCUCUUUUCCAAUAGACAGUGGUGAAUAUUCCACAAUUCUUAAAACAGCUAAUGAAAAUAGCGAAGCAUUUAUUGAAAGGAUUGCCGAAAUGAAGACAACACAAUUUGUAAAUAAGCUAAUGGAAGACUAUAAAAAUGAAACAACAAAAGAGAAGAUUUUUAAUUUUGUUAAAGUACUUGUACCAUUUUACAAUUGUAUUGAAAACAUAAUAGGAAAAAACAUAGAAGAUGCAGUUAUGAGUUGUUCUCUAGAUGUUCUCACCCUGAUCCCUGUAGCGGGUUUUGCUGCAAACUAUGCAACAAAAAUAACCACCAGCUUAGUAACUAGAUUAAGUGAAAAAUAUGUAAUCAGUACAACCCUAUCAAGUGCCACUAAAUUUAAUUCAUUAUUCCAAAUUGCAAAACUAAUUACCAAAACCGUUUCGCAGGAAAUUCUUACCAAGUCUCUGUUAAAAGAUUUAUCUAUUACCUUCCUACGAGUUAUAGAUCCUGGAUUAGAAUUAAUCAGCAGCUUAGGGAAGUUUGGCUACCAAAAAUUGCACAAGAUUUAUAACACUAUGAUUCAAAAAAUUCCAAAGAUCAAUACAAAUCUAAAAUUGUUAUUAUCAACUAUGUUAAAAAAACUUAAUAUGAAUAUGAAACUAUCAACAUUUAAUGGUCUGAUACCAAAGGUUCUGAGAGAAGAGAAUAAUUAUAAACUCGUUCAAUACUAUUAUCCGAACGGUGAAAAUUACUUUGGACCCACAUGCUUAUUAUCAUUUGGAAAUACUGCAGAACUAAGAACGAUUGAAGGCAGUUCACUUCAAGUUCCCGUGUUGCCAGUAAAAGAUAACAUGAACAAAAUUUCCUAUCGUGAAUAUAAUCCAUCAACUAAUGAAAUUUCUAAUAUAAAACUGGAAAUGGGAGAAAAUGAUCUACUACGAUGUAACCUACCUUAUCUUGAAGACACAAAAAUAAUACCCUAUAAAUUUAAUCCGGAAACACAAUUAAAAGGAGGUUUGUCAACUGAUGAUAUUCCUUCAACAUCAAAAAAAUCCUCACAACUUUUUUCUACGGAUACUUUGCCAAAUGUUGAUAUUUCUGGAAUGGACAGAAAAGUGCUUAUUCGGAGACUUAUGCCUUAUUUUAAUCUACAUGAAGAUACGAAAAUAAUAAAUGAUGUUCACAUUUAUCAUAAUACGAUUGAAUGGAAUAAGACACCAAAUCCAGGUACAUCACGAGAAAUUGUGCCAAGUGAUAAUAUUCUCGAUAGUUCGCGACAAUCUGAAGAAUUAAUUUUAAGUAAUCUCCAAUCAAAAAUUACGUAUGGAGAAAAUAAUUAUCGUGAAAUGUUAUUAUCUUUAGAAAAUUUAAAGCCAGAAAAUUAUGCAAAUUUAUACAAAAAGAAAGAAAAAUUAAUAAUAUUACAAAAAAAUUUAGAGAGAAUACGUUUAAAUCAAGACGUAAUGUUGCACAAAAUGCCAACAGAACUUUGGUUUAAACAAACAUUAAACAGACCCCAUAUUGUUAAGUAUUUGGAGCAAAUGAAAGGACAGGAUUUUUAUUUCAAUGAUAUUACCCUAUUGACAGAUAUUCGUCCAAGUGAAAUUAAUAUUGUUAAUAAAAAAUCAUAUUCCUUAACAACAGAAGUUCGUUAUCACAUGACAAUUGAAUCUCAAUAUGGACUUGUUGAUUUGGCAGCAUUUGAUAAAAGUUGGAAAAAUAAAUUUGCCGUUUUUCCAGAACUUGAAUUUACAGUAGUAAAUACGGAAUUCAAAAAUGGAAAGGAUUUUUUACUUUUAGAACUAAAACAAAUGCCAAUAUUGAAAAGAAAUUGGCUGAUAUAUAGAAUGAAGUGUAAUUCAUUAUUUAAGACUCAAGAAAUAUCCACAUAUGCAAGAAAUGUAGAUAUUGAGAAUGCUGCUAAUCUUAUCUCGUUAAAUACUCCUCGGCAUAGAUUAACUGAAAUGGAAGAAAUGUUAAGAGGUUACAUUUUAAGAAUCGAUCCAAUUGAAACUCGUGUUCCUACUUAUGAAAAGAUGGCAAAGGAAAUCAACGCUGGUAUUACACCUCCUGAUAUAUUUAAUGAAUGGAAAAUAAAGAAUCACAUUUUUAUUGACGAUGUGCUAUUUAAAGACACUGCGUAUCAGGUUAAAAAUUUAGAAAUUGCGAAACAAACAAUAAACCAUAUUUUUGAUGGGACUCAUUUAGAGAAUAUUGAAACUGUAUAUGAAAGUUAUAAGUUACUUUCAAUUCGUCAAAGUAUGCGAUUUGAAGAUUAUUAUGUAUUGUAUUCACAUUUGGCUAAUACUUUACCACCAACUUUACAUGCACAAAAAAGUUUUUUGGCAUCACUUUACAGAUUGGCCCUUAGACAGUGUGAUGAUAUUAUCAAAAUUCCAAACACUCUCUAUCACGCUGCUGAAUUAAGUCCUGAAGAUUGGAAAGAACUAGUAUCACUUAAAUACUAUCGUAAUCGUUUUAAAAUAAAUAAUGUUGCUUUUUAUUCCAAUGCUGAAGAUGCUGUAAAAAAUACUCCCAUUACUAAUGUUUUUAAUCCCUUACUAUUAACUAAAUUGGAAAUUAAAAAUCCAUCAGGAAUAGUUUACAUAGAUUCUAAUUAUUUCCAAGUUCCCAAGGAAAUGUAUUAUAUUCCUGAUGUAAUAAAUUUCAAAAAUUUUGGAAAAGUAAAAACAUCAAUUAAUGAUUUUGAUUUUGUCACACUUGUAAUGCAGGAGAUUGAAAUUCCAAAAGAAACACGAAUGGUUAAAUUGGUAAAUAAGUUAAAUGAAUUAUUUUUAUAUGAUAAUUUUUACAUUAAUCUAAAUCCACGAGAAAGUAAAAUUUUUAAAAAUUCAAUUGAAACUGAACAUCCAAUUAUUAGAGAAGGUUUACCAAGUGAUAAUAUUCCGUCAACUUCAAGGGGAAUUGAACAAAUUACUUCGAAAGGAAAUUUGCCAACUGAUGAUUUUGACAAAAAAUUUAAAUCUUAUAAAGAAGACUGGUACAAGAGUUGUACUGAGAUAUUAGUGGAUUUUGAAAAAAAUGGAAUUUCUGGUUUGAAAGAUAAUAAAUUAAGUUUGUAUAAAAUUCGAAGCUUUAUGGAGACAUUAUCAAAAUUGCAGAAUAUUAUAAUUGAUUUUAAACUUCCAAGAGAAUUAUGGUUUACAGAUAAAUCAGUGAGACGUACUUUUGUUACAAAAUUGGAGAAAUUAAAAGGAAAAGGAUUUUAUUUUAAUGAUCUUACAUUUUUAACAGAUGUUCCACCCAUUGAAUCUAAAAAAUUGGCAAAAUUUUCCUUAGAAAAGGAAGUACGUUUUCACAUAAAGAUAAAUUCUCAAUUUGGACUCGUCGAUCUUUCUAAAUUUCAGAAUACAUUAAAAAACCAAUAUAUUGUAUUUCCCGAACUUGAAUUCAUUGUAGAGAAUACUUAUUACAUUAAUGGAAAUUCUAUUUUACAAAUGGAUUUAGUACAAAAACCAAUAGAGAAAGAGAAAUGGAUGAAAAUUAGAGAAGAAAAUUUAAAGUUAAUUAACAGUGUUGAAGUAGGACAAUCAAUAAGAGGUUUAGAUAUUGAAGAUGCUGCAUAUUUUAUAUCGACAAAAACACCUCUACAUAGAUAUACUGAUUCCAAAAAAAUGUUAGAAGAAUACAUUUUAAAAACAAGUUUUAGUCAAAGUUCAAUUCCAUCUUAUGAAUCAUUGGCAAAAGAAAUUUUUGCAGGCGGUUCAAUUCCAAAUAUAUAUAGCAAAUAUAAAAUAAAAAAUAACAUUUUUAUUAAUGAUGUACUAUUUCAAUAUUCUUUAUAUGAAGUUAAAAAUUUAGAAUCUGCUCAGAAAACAAUUGAGAAAAUAUUUGAUGGUCUUUAUAUACAGGAGGUGGAACCUGUAUUUAAAAGUUACAAGAAAAUAAUAGGAUAUCAAAAUAAUAUGCGAUUUGAGGAUUACUUCGUUAUUCAUUCAUAUUUUUCUGGUAAUUUAAAACGAGAUAUAAAUUGGCAAAAAAGAUUUUAUGUUGCAUUAAUGAGAUUGGCCCUAAGACAAUGUAAUAAAGAUAUUAUAAAAACACCAAUUACACUUUAUCAUGCUCUUAAUGUUCCUAAUAGAAAUUACAUUAAAAUUUUAACAAGUGAAAAAGAUACAAUUAUACCAUAUAAUUCAGAUAAUCCAUUUCAUGAGACUCAAGAAGCGGCUAUGAAAUACAUCCCAAAUACCAACAAUAAAAAAAUAUUAUUCAGUCAAGUGGAAUUAAAUAAUAUAGCUGGAAUUGCAUAUAUUGAUCCGCAUUUUAAAUUUCCAACAAAGCUAGAAUAUUAUAUUCCACAAAGUUUAGAAUUGAAAAAAAAUAGAAUAAUUACUAAAACUAUUGAGGGGAAGAAUGUUAAUUUUAUUUUACUUAACGUUGAUAAAUUUACAAACGAAAAGCGUAUGGUUAAAUUAGUAAAUAAUUUAAAUGAUUUAUUUUUAUCGGAUAUUAUGUUUUACGUUAAUGAUAUUUAAAUUAUAUAUAAAAAAAAUAAAAUAUCAAAAUAAUUCUAUGUGUAACAAUUGUUAAAUUUUUCGAUAUAAAUCAUUGGCCAAAUUUA